GCAAACUAGCUAAAUAACCGAGGCUCCUGAAACGUGCCAGGCAAAAUUAUGGAGAAUCCAGGCUACGUAGUUGGAAGGGGAGUUUUUGCAGUGUGAGGAAGGGACGUGUGAGACAGGGUCUUGGUUGUUUGCUUAUUAUCACAUGCAUACGUUUUUGCGCAACAGUGUGGCCUUAUUGAGAUACGUACAAAGCUUUAACGAUGUUCUUUAGGAAGUUGUUAUUACAUUUCCUGAUUGAUGAUAAUGACUAUCUUGUAGACUAUCUUGACUUAUUUGACUGACUAGGCUACAUGCUCAAACCACGUUACUUUACACUGAAAGCCAUGUACACCAAACCGUUGUUUCAGGUGCAGUUUUUUGUCCAUACGGUGAUCGUUGGAGGGCACUUCGCCGCUUCACUGUGUCAACACUUCGGUUCUUUGGUCUGGGGACUACCAUUCUAGAGGAGAAGAUUCAGGAGGAGUGUCGUCACUUCUGCAGCACACUACGGCUUCUAGUGGGACAGCCUGUGGACCUCAAAAAUCGUCUGGAAACUUCUGUGUCUAACAUCAUCGUCUCCAUGGCGGUAGGGAAGAGGUUUGAGUACGGAGACCCGAAAUUUGGUCGUUUGCAACUACUUGCUGAACGGAUCAAUGUGACAUUCUAUAAACUAUACAUCGUAAACUGUUUCCCUGUGCUCCGCUUCUUUCCGGGCUUCAGGAAAAUGUACAACGAAUUGAUGGAUCGGACAGCAGAACUGUACAGCUACAUCCGAGAGUACAUCAGUCAGCACGGAAACACAGCACCGGAUGACAUCCGGGACUUUAUCGACGCCUUCAACAAGACAAAACAGGACAAUCCAGGCUUCCUGCCCGACAUGACUCUGACGUACUUAAUCGCUGAUUUGUUUUCCGCGGGAACAGAAACCUCUUCCCUUACCUUAUGCUGGGGUUUCCUGUACCUCACGGCGUAUCCUGACGUGCAGGAGAAGGUUCAAGCCGAGCUGGACAGGGUUGUGGGGCGGGAUCGUCCUCCAGCCUUCAGCGACAGGGUCAACCUGCCGUACACGGAGGCCACCAUCAUGGAGAUCCAGCGCAUCGCCACUAUCAUCCCACUCCUCCCACAUCGCACCUCCGACGACACUACUCUGCUCGGGUACGACAUUCCUGCAGGUACAAACGUGUUCGUCAACCUGUGGGACCUCCACAUGGACCCGAGCCGCUGGCCGGACCCACACAGGUUCGACCCCGCCAGGUUCCUGGGCGAGAACGGACGGCUACGGACACACGACGCCUUCAUGCCGUUUUCAACAGGAUAUCGCAGGUGUUGGGGUGAGCAGAUGGGGAAGAUGGAGUUAUUCUUGUUCCUCGCCAACACCCUACAACAGUUCACCCUGAAGUUACCGGAGGGUGCAGAGCCUGAUUUCCACGGCAUCAGCACUGCCUUUAUUUACCCUCGUCCAUUCAGCCUUAUUGUAACUAAACGGGAGUAGUUAACCCUCAAACACCCGAGUGGGGUCCAUUUGGACCCCAGGCGUACAUUUUGAAGUGCCAUUUGAACAUUUUUAAUCUGAAAAAAAAAUCCUUCU